CUGCCCACACUCCAUUCAAGGAAGAACACGCAGGGUGCUUGCAUCUGUUCAUCUAAAAGGGCUCACUUUCCAUUGUGCUUGAGCAGUAGCAUUAUGGGGCUCAGUGAUCAGGAAUGGCAGAAGGUCGUAGACAUCUGGGGAAAAGUGGAACCAGACCUCCCCUCUCAUGGGCAGGAAGUUAUCAUCAGGAUGUUUCAGAGCCAUCCCGAGACCCAAGAACGUUUUGACAAGUUCAAAAAUAUGAAGACACUGGAUGAGAUGAAGAGCUCCGAAGAAAUCAAAAAGCAUGGAACCAAUGUCCUCACUGCCCUGGGCAAAAUCCUGAAGCAGAAAGGGCACCAUGAGGCAGAAAUGACACCACUGGCCAAGAGCCAUGCAACCAUACAUAAAAUUCCAGUCAAGUACCUUGAAUUCAUUUGUGAAAUAAUUGUUGGCGUCAUUGCUGAAAAGCAUUCUGCAGACUUUGGGGCUGAUUCCCAAGCAGCAAUGAGGAAGGCCUUGGAGCUGUUCCGGAAUGACAUGGCCAGCAAAUACAAGGAACACGGGUUCCAAGGCUAGCGAGGACACAAAGCAAUGGCAAUGUCCCCUUAGUCUUAGCAAGAGACAGAGCAGCAUGUCAUAGGUGUGUGGUCAAUUUAGGAAGGGAAUAUUCUCAGUUAUCCUCACAGAAAAUUAUUUUGGCACCAGGUUGAAAAAUUCUCCGCAAAUAAGGCUCAAACUACUCUUGAUGGGGGCAGGCCAACAUCUUUUAAAAUCAACUCUGUCCCAUUCACAUGGGGAGCUUUAGGGUAAGGGCAUAAUUUAAAGGAUGAGAGGUGAUCAGUGGUGUAGCAAAGCCUGGGCGUGCUGGGACAAAAUGCCAGGACGUGCUGCUUAGUAUGGAUGCUGGUGUCACCUACCAACUUGUUCCAUCUUUCAUGUUCCCUCUGAGCUUAGCUUCAGUCCUCACACCCUCAAACUACUGGGCUGUCGUUCCUUUCAAAAGUGGGAGGCAGACUGCACUUUUACUUCAUAGCAGCCAACAUAUUAUUCAUUCUUUAAAAAGUCACCUUUCCACCCACAUGGAAGCUGGAAGAGAUAUGAAGUUUCUAAGCAACAAUAUUGUCGUGAGCUAUUCCUGUUGUAAAGCAAAGUAUUUUGGGGUCACUUGGUCUGGUCUGGGCAAUUAAGACCUAUUAGCUUUACAAAAGACCUGCUCAGCUGGAGAUGAAACCUGCUAGAAUUGGUUCCUUGCCUGCAUUUGGGGAUUCUCCUUGAAGGUGUGGCUCUGGGGAUUGUCAUGAGGAACACCUGCACUUCAAAAUUUACCACUACAUCACUGGAGAUGCUAAAUCCCUUUUAGACUGCCUCUCUUACUCCAGUGGUCUGUCAUCUGAAGUUGUCUCCCACCCCUCAACCAGGCUCCAAUAACAGGGGGAUGUUUCAACAUCUUCUUUCCAUUGGCCCUCUAAGUUCUCCCACCCCCGGCUUUAUAUAUGAAUGGGCCAAGAGGUCUGCCACCAUCAUAUGUAGCUUGGACUGUCAACUGAGGCUGCCAUUGCUCUUCAGCAUAAACCUUUGUAAUGUUUGGCUUAAUAGAAUAAAGAUUAAGUAUAGUA